AUGUGGGCGAGGCCCAGUGGGGAAGGAUCACAAAUAGGGCCAGGAGGCAUCUUUCUGCUCAAGUCUCCUGGUGGCGUUUUUGUGUGCGAGACCCACAAGGAGGACGGACAACCUGUGGGAAGCAUGAUUUUCUCUGGGAUACUCUUGGUGAUGGGAAUUGGCAUCGCAGCUGCAAAAGUGUCGGUAGGAUAUACGCCUCGCCUCACUUCCAAGGACCUGGCCGGGAAGAUCACUUCCUCCACCUUCACUUUGGAACAACCCCGCUGCGUCUUCAACAAGUUUGUCAGUGCCACCGAAGAGAUAUGGCUGGUGGUCGCCCGCAGCAGCGCAGCAGAAAGCUGCGCCAUCCCCAGAUCCCCUGAGGAGCUGCCCUAUCAAUCGUUUGAUAACAAUUCCUGUUACAUGACUUUGGGCACUGCCCCAGCAAACUACCCCUGCCCAGCGGAAGGAAGCAGCGAGCUCACUGUCUUGCGGGUGGGGAACGAAGUCGACUGCAAGACAGAUCCCACCAGACCAGAUUGCAACGGCCCCCUGCCUGAGCCAGGGCCCUACAAGGUGAAGUUUCUGGCCUUUAAUUCUGGAGGCCCCACAGCAGAGUCGAGAUGGUCGGAGUCCAUCACGCUGAUCCAAGGGAAGGAUCCCGAGACGAUUGACACAUCCCCCGGGCGACGGAGCGCUGGAAUGAUUGCCAUCGCCACGAUCCUCUCCAUCCUCUGUGCCAUCCUGCUGGCUGCCCUCAUUGCUGCCUUGGUCUAUAAAUAUUCGGACGUCUGCGGCAGCGCCGAGAUUGUCACCGUGAGGGAUCCAGCGACAAUCACCCGCUACACCACCCACCAUAUAUAUGACCAGCCUGGCCGAAACUUGUGAGCCCCUAUGUUUCAGGACGAUCUGUCGGCGGUAUCCACCUUCCCUUUCCCCUCCUGCUGUGGCUGCCUCAAUCCGUUAGAAUCUCUCAAGGAGCUCAGCUGAGACAUUUGACCUCUGAAUGUACAUUCCAUUCCUGAGAUCCUCUUGGAGGAGCUCAGAGGAGUUGGCGGGGCGGAGGGCAGAGGAAAAACUGAGCGAUCAUCUGUGAAUUACACACUUUGGGAUGUUUUCUUCACUGAAGAUGGAUAUUGGCGGCACCUUCUGCCCAAGGGAGAAUCCGGUGCAACGGUGGUUACGUCUUAAAACGUUGAAAUAAUUCCAUAUGUAAACAGCAGCAGAUUUAGGCUGUUCCCAAUGAACGAAUAAGUCUGGGGGCAGCCUCAUUUUAAAAGAUUGGGGGGCAGGGGGCAGGGAGAGAGCUUUCGGGGUUGUUGUUUUUCCAAUUAAGAAUCCUAGAUGUGUUGGUUGCAGGCAGAGUAAUCACCAAAGACGUCUUUAUUUGAUGAAUGGGAUGGGGUUUGUUUGAACCUGAAAGGAAUACCUCACAGGAGAAAAGGGACGCACACCUUGUUUUCAGGCAUCGGUGGGAGCAACAGGCAUCUUCUUAAAAAAGAGGCUUUUGAGUGCCUCUUAGAAGAUGGUGCCUGUCGGCUGGGAAGUCUGGAGGUACUGUUAUUAAAAUAUAAUCUAUAUCGUUUUAACCUGCUGUUGCCUAGUUAAUCGGGAGCAGGCACCAUUCAAAGCUGCGGAAUGGAGAAAUCAAGGGUGUGGACUUCCAGGUACAUCAAAUCAAUAAAACCCUGUGAAAUUUUUUUGAAAUCAUCUUCUUUUGGCCUGAGUUCUUGCAAUUUAUUGCUUACUCCUGAUCUAGUCCAACCCCCUUCAAUGCAGGAAUAGGCAGCUGUCCCGUACGGGGAUUGAACCUGCAACCUUGGCGUUAUCAGCACCACGCUCUAACCAUCUGAGCUACCCAGGCCUUCACAGGGUCCAAGAGCGUCUGAAGGGCCACAGAUUAGGUGCUCCUGGACGACACACUAUAAUCCUACACUUUGAAAACACCACACCAUCAAAUGGCCACCUUUCCCGCAAUCAAACAAGCCCAACAGUCAAAAUAAUUGGCUCAUCCCUUUGGGGAUUCCUCUACUGCUUGGGCCAAGCAAGUGAAUCCAAAAGAGAGGGGUCUUUUUUUGGCGUCACACUUAUAAUUCUCCUUCCCCCUCUACGAUCAUUGUGUUGCCGUCUUUUUUGCAGAACAUGCUAAGAUCAUCCUAUGUACGGAAGCAGAAAAGCAAUGGGGGUGGGGGAGUAUAUAUUUCAACCUAGGUAAAGGUAAAGGGACCCCUGACCAUUAGGUCCAGUCAUGACCGACUGUGGGGUUGCGCGCUCAUCUCGCAUUAUUGGCUGACGGAGCCGGCGUAUAGCUUCCAGGUCAUGUGGCCAGCAUGACAAAGCCGCUUCUGGCAAACCAGAGCAGCACAUGGAAAUGCCGUUUACCUUCCAGCUGUAACGGUUCCUAUUUAUCUACUUGCAUUUUGACGUGCUUUCGAACUGCUAGGUUGGCAGGAGCUGGGACCGAGCAACGGGAGCUCACCCCGUCACAGGGAUUCGAACCGCUGACCUUCUGAUAAGCAAGCCCUAGGCUUAGUGGUUUAACCACAGCGCCACCUGGGUCCCUCUAAUGGGUGGCAAAUCCCCAGCCAUGGAGCCUAAUUUACCGGCCCUUCCUCAAAACAUUUUUUUUCCUGAUUCCCCAAUUUGGCAGCAGCAAAAAGGAGAAAAAGCGGAGGGCUCAGUACUGACAUAGGUGGAGACAAUUUAGGAAGGUGGGAGGUGUUGCCACACCCACUUUGGGCCACACCCACCACUGGCAUGCACCACCCCCACCCCCUGGGGCGGUUGGCCAAGACUGCAUGUGGCCCUCAGGUCAAGGAAGGUUAGUUGCCUCUCCCAUAACCAACCCAUUAAGUAUCGUUUAACUGAAAGCAAACCGUGAUUUCUUCUUAAAAGACAACAGUGUGAGCAUUCAUUCAUAUGCGCAAUAGAACUAUUACCAAUUCAUUCUGCACAUUUUCCGUUCUUUGAUCUGUUCCACCCUAUUUCUGUAUCAAAUGGGUUUUUUAAAAAGAAAGAAAGAAAAGCACAGGUGUUUUUGCACUUAAGUAUAUUUUAAAAGGCAAAUUUUACAUAGGAAUGGCAACAUAUUUUGCACGUAUAUAUCAUAUAUCCAUUCUGAAGGAAAUCAGCCCUCAGUGCUCACUGGAAGGACAGAUCCUGAAGCUGAGGCUCCAAUACUUUGGCCACCUCGUGAGAAGAGAAGACUCCCUGGAAAAGACCCUGAUGUUGGGAAAGAUGGAGGGCACUAGGAGAAGGGGACGACAGAGGACGAGAUGGUUGGGCAGUGUUCUCGAAGCUACGAACAUGAGUUUGCCCAAACUGCGGGAGGCAGUGCAAGACAGGAGUGCCUGGCGUGCUCUGGUCCAUAGGGUCACAAGGAGUCAGACAUGACUAAACGACUAAACAACAACAUAUCAAGCAUCUUGGAUAUUUGCACAUUUUUUAGUCACAUCAAAAUUUGGAGAGAUGCAAUAACUGGCCAAUAGCUGUGAUCUGCAAAAUUGGUUUGUUUCCCCAUUCCAACGUGGCUCAUACGAAAAUCCUCGACCUUCCCUACUCUAAAGUGAGGAACUGCAGUAUCAGCCCAGCACAAAGGAAGCCUCCUAAAAGGAGGGUGUACACAAUCAAGAAAUAAGCCAAGACCCUUUGGACUUCCUGGAGGACCGUGGCCACUAGCCCCUGGCUUUUCACCAGCCCAAACAUGGCUGAGGCAAUGCACUCUCCUAAAUCACCAUGGAAAAUGGAGUCUCCAAGAGUCCUGGUGGAUGAAAGAGGACAGGCUGGGGGUGUGGAAAGCCUUAUCUUGAUUCCCUUUCCAUCUUAAAUUUGCUGUUCUGUUGUGUUCUUCCUGUGAAAAGGCAGAAAGAAAGGUUUUGGGGUUUCUACAUUAUUAUUUAUUUACAAUCUCAGAAGGCACGACACAAAAGGAAAAUGGAUGGGGAGGGAGGAGGAGAUAUGCAAGUGCCCAGUUACAGGCUCUUCUAAUGAGCAACGGGUGGAACAAUUCAAGGAGAGGAGAUGCCAAAAGUUGCCCAUUUCUCAACUGUGCUGAUGGAGGGGUACUGCUUCUCAGUAGAGCUGGGGGUGGUCUUUGUCCCUUUUCUUCUGUUAUCUUGACCCUCAUGCUGAGGAAAGUCAAUAAGCAUUUGUGAGUCUUCUGUUGUUCACCUCAUUCAUGUCCCUAAAGAAAGGGCCAUUUUGUACGUUUCCUUGUUUUAGUUAUUCAGCAUAUUUAUAGCAUCUCCUCCGUCACAAUGAAUCCCAGAGCAGCGGGAGGGGGGGGGGUUGCAUGCAUGUUGCAUAAAAACACAUUGAAAGAAGAUCAGACUGCAAAAUAAAUAUAAACAAUGAGAACUAAAGUGGGUCAAUCACAUCCUAUCAAUGAAUUCACUAAGAUUCUGCAGAUUUAUUUAUUUUAUUUCAUAAAAUUUAAAUACUGCUUGAUUGUAAGGAAAAAAAUCCUCAGCACAGUUAGGCAAACAGGUCAAAGUCUUCAAAGCGGCCCUGAAAUGAAUACUCAGAAACAUUACAUGCUUCCCAUUUUGGCAUUCAAAUUUUGAGAGGAAUUUAGAAUUCAGAUUUUAACUCUGGGCACCCCAAAAUUUGAACGCUUAUUGGCUUCUGUUGUUUUGUUUUGAAUAUUUUUUGGGGGGGGCAGGCAUCCCAUAUGAAAUCUCAUGAGCUGUAAGUAAAGCAUUUCCAACUUAUUAAUCAUUGUGUAGUCUGUUUGUUGCAAAAGAGU